AACUAGGCUGAACACUGAGAGAGAGAGGGAGAGAGAAAGAGAGUGGGAGAGAGAGAGAACAGAGAAAAGAACAGGGAUUGAGACGAGAGGAAGAGAGUGCAGGAGAGCGGGCGAGGAGAACGCGGUCAACAAGUAUUCCUGAGGCCAGACGAGACCGCAGCUCUGACUGACCGACUACAGUGAUGAUGCGUGCGGUUUGCCGGGCGGAGGGCAGCGCUAGGCAGCGGCUGAGGGAGGAGGAUGCUUUACUGAGGCUGGCAGGAGUUGUUGACGUGCGCUCACUCCGAGAUGCUCUCAGAGAGACCGCACAGGGGCUACUGCCCAGCGUGGAGUGUGUUUGUGUGUACGUGCUGGAGAGAGACUCGAGGCUGCAGUGUGACGACCCAAGCCAUGAGCUACCAAAGGAGGGGAAGAUCAGGGAUAUGGUGGGUCAGUUGAAGAGGUGUGUGUGUGCCGGUCUACCUCCCUCAGAGAUGCACGAGAAACACAGGAGCAGCCUUGCAGCACCCCUCCCACCCCACAGACGAGCUGUGGUAAUUCCUCUCCUGGACCAGGAACAAGGAGUUGUCAUCUCAGUCUUACUGGUGGGCUGUAAACCGCUGAGUGAUCAAGACGAACAACACCUCAACACUCUGGAGAAACAUGCAGCUGUAGCGUGUAGGAGGGUACGAACCCUGCAGUUGGCCAAUCAGAAGUCUCUCGUCAGCCUGUCACCGAUCCAGCCCCACAAUGCACUGCUCCGGCCCGACCCCACAGACUACUGUGACCUGGACCGCAAGAUUCUACAGCUGUGUGGUGAGCUGUAUGACCUUGAUGCAACUACUCUUCAGCUCAAAGUAAUCAAAUAUUUGCAGCAGCAGACCCAGUCUCAGUGCUGCUGUCUGCUACUGGUGUCUGAGGACAACCAGCAGCUCUUCUGUCAGGUGGUUGGAGACAAAGUUCUGGAGGAGGAGAUCAGCUUCCCUCUGAUGUUUGGGCGCUUUGGGCAGGUAGUGGAGAAGAAGAGAUCCAUCACUCUUCAGGACGUCACUGCGGAGGAACGUAGACAGCUAUCCAGUAUGCUUGGCAGUGAGGUGUCCUCUCUGCUAUGUGUCCCUGUGGUCAGCAGAGCCACUGGCCAGGUGGUGGCACUAGCCUGCGCCUUCAACAAACAGGGAGGACAGAGACACACGGACGUGGAUGAACAUACGAUCCAGCACUGCUUCUGUUACACCUCCACUGUCCUCACCUCCACACUGGCCUUCCAGAAAGAACAGAAACUCAAAGUGGAGUGUCAGGCACUGUUACAGGUGGCCAAGAAUCUCUUCACACAUCUGGAUGAUGUCUCAGUGUUGUUGCAGGAGAUUAUUGUGGAGGCCAGGAACCUCAGUGAUGCAGAGAUUUGCUCUGUGUUCCUACUGGAUCAAGUCAGCCAUGAGCUGGUUGCCAAGGUUUUUGAUGGGGGCGUGGUCAGUGAUGAUGAGAAGGAGUUUCGUAUCCCUGCAGACCAGGGCAUAGCGGGUCACGUAGCUAUGACUGGGCAGAUCCUGAACAUUAAGGAUGCGUACUCCCACCCUCUGUUCUACCGAGGAGUGGACGACAGCACCGGGUUUAGAACACGCAACAUCCUCUGCUUCCCCAUCAAGGACGAGAACGACGAGGUUAUUGGGGUGGCUGAGUUGGUCAAUAAGACUAAUGGACCAUGGUUUAACCGCUUCGAUGAGGACCUGGCCACUGCUUUCUCCAUCUACUGUGGAAUCAGCAUCGCACAUUCUCUUCUGUAUAAGAAGGUCCAUGAGGCUCAGUUCAGAUCCCACCUGGCCAACGAGAUGAUGAUGUACCACAUGAAGGUAUCAGCAGAGGAGGUGUCCCAGCUGUUGGUAACUGGACUGGAGCCAGUGGAAGAGAUUCAUCCCUUAUUCGCUGAGUUCACCUACACACCCCGUUCACUACCUGACGACAACACACCCAUGGGCAUCCUGAGUAUGUUUGAGGACAUGGGCUUCAUCAACGCCUAUAAGAUUGACCUGCACACUCUGGCCAGGUUCUGUCUGAUGGUAAAGAAGGGUUACAGAGAUCCUCCCUAUCACAACUGGACACAUGCCUUCUCGGUCUCUCACUUCUGUUAUCUCCUCUACAAGAACCUGGGCCUGGCCAACUACCUGGAGAAUAUAGAGAUCUUUGCUCUCUUUGUCUCCUGUAUGUGUCAUGACCUGGACCACCGUGGGACUAACAACUCCUUUCAAGUGGCCUCGCAAUCUGUCCUGGCUGCCCUCUACAGCUCAGAGGGCUCUGUGAUGGAGCGACACCACUUUGCCCAAGCCAUAGCCAUUCUGAACACCCACGGCUGCAACAUCUUUGACAAGUUCUCCAGAAAGGACUACCAGAGGAUGUUGGACUUGAUGAGGGAUAUUAUCCUGGCCACUGACCUGGCUCACCACCUCCGCAUCUUCCCCGACCUGCAAAGGAUGGCUGACGCUGGCUACAAUCCCAGGAAUCAGACCCACCGUUCUCUGCUGCUGUGCCUGCUGAUGACCUCAUGCGACCUGUCGGACCAGACCAAGGGCUGGAAGACCACCCGCAAGAUUGCUGAGCUGAUCUAUAAAGAGUUCUUCUCCCAGGGGGAUCUGGAGAAGGCGAUGGGGAAUCGUCCCAGUGAGAUGAUGGACAGAGAGAAGGCCUACAUCCCAGAGCUACAGAUCAGCUUCAUGGAACACAUCGCCAUGCCCAUCUACAAGCUGCUGUCAGAGCUGUUACCAGGGGCAACCGAGCUGUAUGAGCGUGUAGCGACCAAUCGAGUACAGUGGACCAAAGUUUCCCACAAGUUCAGCGUCCGUGGGUUGCCUAGCAACAAUAGCCUCGACUUCCUGGAUGAAGAGUAUGAAUUGCUGCAAUCCCAGGGUGCACUUGGGGAUGACAGCCACUGCGAUGACACCCAUUGCCUCAACGGUUGCCUGGAUGAGGGGGACGGGGGGAGGGGCCUGUAACCAUACCGACCAAUGGGAGUGGAGAAAGCAGUAUCUCUAGGCUAAUAGAAACCUAAGGAAACUAUUCCCUUUUUACGUCCUCAAGCGGAGAAGGCGGGACUCUGAGACAUUUGACUGACAGCUGUCAAUCUCUAAGGCUGAGCAAAACAGAUGGAGUGAACCGCAGGAGGGACGAUUCAGAUGAGUCAUUUCAAAGGAGUCGAUUCAGACUAGUCGAUUCAGACGAUUCCUGUAGAUGCUAAAUGUGACUGAACUCCUGUGAGGAAAGCAGAGAGUCGUGUUGACUCUGGAAAUGAUCAUUUUCAUAACGAGGUCUCCGUUCAUAUUCUUCUGAGUUUCUGUUUCACACACAGGCUCACAGACACCUAAUAGGUCAAUAGCCGUGUAAUAACACAUAGGUAAAGAGCUCCUUUCCUAGUUAACAGAAAGCUGUGUAGUACGAAGGACAGUUCUGGAAUCUGUUGGUUUAUGUUGUUUUAAGAUCAUCAGAAUCCCUCCCAUCUGCCCACACACACCCUGAUGAGCUGCUAUGUCACUCAUAUGACUGCUUAUGUAUACUGUAUGUAGCCUACACCUUGUGUGUUACACCCUUUAUCUCAGCCAGUAUUGGAUGUAUUUUUCAUGUCUUAGGCAUCAUGUAAGUCUCUAGUUUGCCAGAUAUUAUAUUUGUUAUUAUAUAUGGAGCCCAUUGGUGGCCCUGCGAUGCCCAGUGGUCAUUGAGGGAAACUGUAUCUGCCUUGUGUCAGGUAAUGUGAGUGGAACUUCCCUCUUUUGGAAAUGGGGACAGUUUGACAGUCAAUGAUCACUGGUCAGUGCCAUCCUCAUCAGCUAAAAUAUUCUAUCCCCGGAGUGCGCACACACACACACACACAUACAGACAUACACACAGACACCACAACCACCAUUACAACCUUCACAACAAGAGCCACUAAGAGCCAUUCCUCUUUUCUUCUUAGUGUUUCUCUCUGUGUCUUGUGUCUCUAUAUAACCCCUAUAACCCUCUAUAUAAGUGAAGCCCUUUAAAUGAUCCAGUAUCAUCAUACCUGUGUGUGUGUGUGUGUGUGUGUGUGUGUGUGUGUGUGUGUGUGUGUGUGUGUGUGUGUGUGUGUGUGUGUGUGUGUGUGUGUGUGUGUGUGUGUGUGUGUGUGUGUGUGUGUGUGUGUGUGUGUGUGUGUGUGUGUGUGUGUGUGUGUGUGUGUUUUGUACGGAUCUGCCUUAUCGUGCAUCUAUGCUGCCUUUCUCAGAGCUUACCAUGUUGGACCAUAGAUACAAACAGCCACAGAGGCCAAACAGUAUCUCCAGUGUGUUGAUGAACAGACCUAUAGAUGACAGUGUGUUGAUGGACAGACCUAUAGAUGACAGUGUGUUGAUGGACAGACCUAUAGAUGACAGUGUGUUGAUAAACAGACCUAUAGAUGACAGUGUGUUGAUGGACAGACCUAUAGAUGACAGUGUGUUGAUGGACAGACCUAUAGAUGACAGUGUGUUGAUGGACAGACCUAUAGAUGACAGUGUGUUGAUAAACAGACCUAUAGAUGACAGUGUGUUGAUAAACAGACCUAUAGAUGACAGUGUGUUGAUGGACAGACCUAUAGAUGACAGUGUGUUGAUGGACAGACCUAUAGAUGACAGUGUGUUGAUGGACAGACCUAUAGAUGACAGUGUGUUGAUAAACAGACCUAUAGAUGACAGUGUGUUGAUAAACAGACCUAUAGAUGACAGUGUGUUGAUGGACAGACCUAUAGAUGACAGUGUGUUGAUGGACAGACCUAUAGAUGACAGUGUGUUGAUGGACAGACCUAUAGAUGACAGUGUGUUGAUAAACAGACCUAUAGAUGACAGUGUGUUGGUUAUCAGUGUGUUGGUUAUCAUUGUGUUGGUUAACAGUGUGUUGGUUAUCAGUGAGUUCACUGUCUCAGGAGUUUAAAACACACUACCACUCAACUCCAAUCAAUCAGUCACCUAGAUGUUAAACUAAUGUGUGAAACUGCUACUCGGUGAAGCCAGAGCAACAGCUUUGCCUCACCACAUGUCAGGGCUUACAUACGGUAUAUGUGGAAGAAUUAAGGCCAUACAUGUGAAUAUAUUUCUUAAAAGAGCGUGCAGGUCAAUAUAUUUGUUAGGUGAAUGAACUGGGGAUCUUGGUUAGGUGAUUGGGACGUGCAGGUCAAUAUAUUUGUUAGGUGAAUGAACUGGGGAUCUUGGUUAGGUGAUUGGGACGUGCAGGUCAAUAUAUUUGUUAGGUGAAUGAACUGGGGAUCUUGGUUAGGUGAUUGGGGCGUACAGGUCAAUAUAUUUGUUAGGUGAAUGAACUGGGGGUCUUGGUUAGGUGAUUGGGACGUGCAGGUCAAUAUAUUUGUUAGGUGAAUGAACUGGGGAUCUUGGUUAGGUGAUUGGGACGUACAGGUCAAUAUAUUUGUUAGGUGAAUGAACUGGGGAUCUUGGUUAGGUGAUUGGGAUGUGCAGGUCAAUAUAUUUGUUAGGUGAUUGGGACGUGCAGGUCAAUAUAUUUGUUAGGGGAAUGAACUGGGGAUCUUGGUUAGGUGAUUGGGGCGUACAGGUCAAUAUAUUUGUUAGGUGAUUGGGACGUGCAGGUCAAUAUAUUUGUUAGGGGAAUGAACUGGGGAUCUUGGUUAGGUGAUUGGGGCGUACAGGUCAAUAUAUUUGUUAGGUGAAUGAACUGGGGAUCUUGGUUAGGUGAUUGGGACGUACAGGUCAAUAUAUUUGUUAGGUGAAUGAACUGGGGGUCUUGGUUAGGUGAUUGGGGCGUACAGGUCAAUAUAUUUGUUAGGUGAAUGAACUGGGGAUCUUGGUUAGGUGAUUGGGAUGUGCAGGUCAAUAUAUUUGUUAGGUGAAUGAACUGGGGAUCUUGGUUAGGUGAUUGGGAUGUGCAGGUCAAUAUAUUUGUUAGGUGAAUGAACUGGGGAUCUUGGUUAGGUGAUUGGGGCGUGCAGGUCAAUAUAUUUGUUAGGUGAAUGAACUGGGGGUCUUGGUUAGGUGAUUGGGACGAGCAGGUCAAUAUAUUUGUUAGGUGAGUGGGGUAUAGGGGAAUUUAAGGAUGGACUGCAUAUAGCUUAAUAUAUUUUGUAGAUGAUUCUCCCUCAGGAUGUCUGUGUGUAUGACUUCACUGACUUUGACUUCAUGUUAUUGUACAGAUUUUAACUGUUCUAAUGGCAUUCAGGUAGGCUAGCGAUCUGAAGCCUCGCUCUAGUGCUGUAUACCUGUGAACUCUGACCCCUGAUGAACACAGAUUAACUUCCUCUUUUCCCCUGUUGUUGUUGUUUUCCGCCCUUCUAUUCCAGAUCUGCCUUCUUCAUAUGUGUUUUCAUGAUGAUGAUGCAGAAACUCUGAUGUAAAUACAGUCUGAUCUUAAAUUAUUACUUUAGACAGUUGUCUCUCUUAACUUUGUUUUGCGUUAGUGUGUUUGUGUCAGUGAGUCAGGGCUCCGUUAUGUGCCAAUCUCCAUCUCCACGGAAACGCAGGAUUCUUACCUGUGAUGUAAUCUCAUAGGCUAUAUAUAAAUGCUGUAAAUAACAGUUUAUGAAGUGUUACUUGAUUCUAUGUAAUUAUUACAAUGAGGACUAUUUUAAUUAUUUCAUGUUAUACAGUUGAAGUCGGAAGUUUACAUACACUUAGGUUGGAGUCAUUAAAAUUCGUUUUUCAACCACUCCAAAAAAUUUGUUAACAAACUAUAGUUUUGGCAAGUCGGUUAGGACAUCUACUUUGUGCAUGACACAAGUCAUUUUUUCAACAAUUGUUUACAGACAGUGUAACGGCGUUCUUGUUUAGUUGAAGGAGAGUCGGACCGAAAUGCAGCGUGUAAGUUACUCAUGUUUAUUAAGUGAAGACAAAACGAACGAACUAACACGAAUAACUAAUAAAUACAAAAGAAAAACAACAAACAGAACGAAACCUAAUACAGCCUGACUGGUGAAACUAACACAGAGACAGGAACAAUCACCCACGAAAUGCAAAGCGAAAUACAGGCUACCUAAAUACGGUUCCCAAUCAGCGACAAGGAGAAGCACCUGACUCUGAUAUAGAACCGCCUCAGGCAGCCAACCUAUAUAACACACACACACCCCUAAUCAACUACAAUCCCAAACACUACAAACCCCAAUACGAAAAAACAAUACAUAACCCCAUGUCACACCCUGGUCUGACUAACUAAUAAACUAAAACACACAAUACUAAGACCAAGGCGUGACAGACAGAUUAUUUCACUUAUAAUUCACUGCAUCACAGUUCCAGUGGGUCAGAAGUUUACAUACACUAAGUUGACUGUGCCUUUAAACAGCUUGGGAAAAUCCAAAAAAUGAUGUCAUGGCUAUAGAAGCUUCCUGAUAGGCUAAUUUACAUCAUUUGAGUCAAUUUGAGGUGUACCUGUGGAUGUAUUUCAAGGCCUACCUUCAAACGCAGUGCCUCUUUGUUUGACAUCAUGAAAAAAAACUAAAUAAAUCAAAAUCAAAAAUAAAUCAGCCAAGACCUCAGAAAAAAAAUUGUAGACCAAGUCUGGUUCAUCCUUCCAAACACCUGAAGGUACCACGUUCAUCUGUUCAAACAAUAUUACGCAAGUAUAAACACCAUGGGACCACGCAGCCGUCAUACCGCUCAGGAAGGAAGGGCGUUCUGUCUCCUAGAGAUGAACGUACUUCGGUGUGAAAUGUGCAAAUCAAUCCCAGAACAACAGCAAAGAACCUUGUGAAGAUGCUGGAGAAAACAGGUACAAAAGUAUCUAUAUCCACAGUAAAACGAGUCCUAUAUCGACAUAACCUGAAAGGCCACUCAGCAAGGAAGAAGGCACUGCUCCAAAACCGCCAUAAAAAAGCCAGACUGCGGUUUGCAACUGCACAUGGGGACAAAGAUCGUACCUUUUGGAGAAAUGUCCUCUGGUCUGAUGAAACAAAAAUAGAACUGUUUGGCCAUAAUGACCAUCGUUGUGUUUGGAGGUUAAAGGGGGAGGCUUGCAAGCCAAAGAACACCAUCCCAACCAUGAAGCACGGGGGUGGCAGCAUCAUGUUGUGAGGGUGCUUUGCUGCAGGAGGGACUGGUGCACUUCACAAAAUAGAUUGCAUCAUGAGGUGGGAAAAUGAUGUGGAUAAAUUGAAGCAACAUCUCAAGACAUCAGUCAGGAAGUUAAAGUUUGGUCGCAUAUGGUUCUUCCAAAUGGACAAUGACCCCAAGCAUACUUCCAAAGUUGUGGCAAAAUGGCUUAAGGACAACAAAGUCAAGGUUUUGGAGUGGCCAUCACAAAGCCCUGACCUGAAUCCUAUAGAACAUUUGUGGGCAGAACUGAAAAAGCGUGUGUGAGCGAAGAGGCCUACAAACCUGACUCAGUUACACCAGCUCUGUCUGGAGGAAUGGGCCAACAUUCACCCAAUUUAUUGUGGGAAGCUUGUGGGCUUGUGGAAGGCUACCCAAAACAUUUGACCCAAGUUAAACAAUUUAAAGGCAAUGCUACCAAAUACUAAUUGAGUGUAUGUAAACUCUUGACCCACUGGGAAUGUGAUGAAUGAAAUACAAGCUUAAACAAAUCCUUCUCUCUACUAUUAUUCACAUUCUUAAAAUAAACUGGUGAUGACAGGAAUUUGUACCUGGAUUAAAUGUCAGGAAUUGUAAAAAAAAAAUUGAGUUUAUAUGUAUUUGGCUAAGGUGUAUGUAAACUUCCGACUUCAACUGGGGCAGCAGGGUAGCCUAGUGGUUAGAGUGUUAGAGUGUUGGACUAGUAACCGAAAGGUUGCAAGUUCAAAUCCCCGAGCUGACAAGGUACAAAUCUGUCGUUUUGCCCCUGAACAUGCAGUUAACCCACUGUUUCUCGGCCGUCAUUGAAAAUAAGAAUUUGUUCUUAACUGACUUGCCUAGUUAAAUAAAGGUAAAAUAAACUGUAUACUGUGGUUGUAGUUGAAUCAUCUUUUUCUCUGGUUUUCAUUGUGUUAUUGAAGGGCCCAAAACCUACAGGCCUACGGCUCAGACAGAGGAGGAUAAAAGCAAAAUGCUAUUUCAUCAUAAAAUUGAUACUAAUUCUGAAAACAAAGACUGAAGUUACUGAAAUCUGUAUUUUUUGUUGUAGAAGGUGUGUACCAGUGCUGGUCUGUGUGUGUUAUCUAAAUGCUGUAUAGACCCUUCUGGAAAGAGAACACACUAUAUCAAAAAUAUGUAUUUUUUGUGUAAUAAAUUUGGUUAAUGCUCAA